AUGGGUUUGGUUACAGAGGAGGUGAGAGCUAAGGCAGAGAUGUACACCGGAGAUGAGAUAUGCAGAGAGAAGACAAAAUGUUUCCUCAAGGAAAUAUCUAUGCCCAAUGGUUUAUUACCAUUGAAGGACAUAGAAGAGGUUGGGUACGACAGAGAGUCAGGUGUUGUGUGGCUCAAGCAGAAACAGAGCAUCACUCACAAGUUUGAAGAGAUUGACAAGCUUGUCUCAUAUGGAACCGAGGUCACUGCCGUGGUUGAGACCGGGAGGAUCAAGAAGCUUACUGGAGUCAAGGCCAAGGAGCUUCUUAUUUGGAUCACUAUCAAUGAGAUCUAUACAGAGGACUCAGGAAAGAUCACAUUCAAGACACCGACCACACUGUCCAGGACUUUCCCAGUUUCUGCUUUUACGGUCCCAGAAGAAGUGGAGCCAGCCAAGGAAGAACCUGCCAAGGAGAAGAGCAGUGAAGCCGCCGAGGUCAAUGAGGCUGUUCUAAUCAAGGAGCCUGUUGCAGUCAAAGAGGCCUAA